AUGAAUGAGACACAACAAGAGGAGAUGCAAGUUGCCUGCAAGAAGGCAAUCAACCUUUUUCUCAUGAAGGGGGAACAGAUCAACUCCACUAUGCAACGGAUGAUCCGUGAGGUCCCAGAACUAGCUCCUGAAGCUGGAACUACCUCUCGUUCCCUCAGCCAGCACAUUCUUGAGCGGUAUUGGACAAAACGCGACUUUGCAAAGGUCGAUGGUCCAUUUCAAAUUGAAGGCGUCGGCUAUAGUAAGAAUUACAAAGGGAGAGUGAAAACAGGGGACUCGGAGGAGGGACACAUUGAUUGUGGAUGCAGUGAGGAUUUGGCGCUGUUCGAGCUGUUCUGGUGGAAGACGUGGUCAAUCGGAUCAUCACACCAAAACCUCAUGACGUUCCGUGAGAAUUUGAAAACCGACACAAUCCCCCCUCGCCUUCGUGCAUUUUUUGCUGCAGCAUAUCAGGAGGUUAGCUUGCUGACCCUUGACGACUUGUUUGCCAUUCAGUGGGGUGAAGAAGGUUACGAGAAUCGCCUACAUACGCUGCAGGUUAUGCGGAAGGUAACAAUGCUCCGGUCUCAGGGUGUUGAGAUACCAGGCUUUCAGUUGACCUCAGAGAGUUCAGGUAUAUCUGGGUAG